UCCACCUGAGCAUCCUAUUGGCGCGGCACCGAUUGUGAUGGGCAAGAAGCUGAGCAAGGUCGACGGCGCGCGGUGCAGGCGGCACCGGCGGCAGGGGGAGCAAGGGGUGUGCCCGCUCUGCCUGCGGGAGCGCCUGUCCCGCCUCUCGCCCUCGGCGACGCUGCCGUCCGUCCUCGCGCGCGAGGCCUCCUCCUGCUGCUCGGACUCGGACUCGGACUCGGAGGCGUCGUCCACGGAGGCGUCCACCGGCGCGUCGUCGGGGUCCGCGAGCCCCGGGUUCCACCGGGAGAUCAAGCGCGCCGCGAGGCCGUCGCUGCUGAUGCGGCACGAGCGGGUGGUGGCCGUGGACGGCGACGAGGUGGUGCUGGUGAUGAGAAGGAGGAGGGAAAGGCCGGCGACAAGCUUCUGGGCGAAGUUGCUGCGCGCGGCGACCGGGGGUAAGAAGGCCGUCGAUGGGUGCUCGGUCGCGCACUCCAGGACGAUGAAGGCCGCCGACGGGAGCAGCGCCGAUGCCACGAAGUGGAUCAUAUUCUAAGUUGUUUCGUCAAAUCUAGCUAGUUCUGUCUCUUGUGCGUGACCAUUUCUUGGUUUUGAUUUCUGUCCUUUGACUCUGGACAGCGAACCUUCACAGUUGAUUAGAUCCAUCAUCUGUAGUACAUAAUUUCAAGGAAAUAAGGGCGCUGCUACGCGGCAAAGAUCCGCCGCCCCGCGAGUCGUCAGAUCUGCCACUUGAGCGACCCAGGGUCACUUUCUACCAUUGCAAUACAUGUCAUAUUGCAGAAAUUUUCUGUAACACUGGUUAUGUUGCGAAAUUUGUUGUAACAUAGGUGAAGUAACAAAU